AUGGCGAAGUCGAAGACGAUCCUUGUGCUGAACGCAGGGAGCUCGUCUCUCAAGUACGCGCUGUACGAAUUCGCGGAUGCGCUGAAGGCGAAGCUGGCGGUGUCGGGUCUGGUGGAGCAGAUCGGCACUCCCAAGGGCGUCAUCACGCACAAGGCCCUCGCCACCAACCAGACCGUCCAUGAGAAAGCGGUGUUCAGCGACCACAAGGAGGCCAUGUCGCACGCGCUGAAGCUGAUGGGGAUCAGCAAGGGCAGCAGCGCCGUGACGGCAGUGGGGCACAGAGCGGUGCACGGCGGUGAGGAGAUCAACAAGUCGUGCAUCAUCACGGAGCACGUGAAGGACGUGCUCAAGAAGUUCACGCCGCUCGCCCCUUUGCACAACCCUCCCAACCUCCAGGGCAUGGCGGUGGCGCAGGAGCUGCUGGACUGUCCGCAGGUGGCGGUGUUUGACACGGCGUUCCACAGCACCAUCCCGCCGCACGCCUACACGUACGCCCUGCCCUACCGCCUCUACAAGGAGCUGGGCGUGCGGCGCUACGGUUUUCAUGGCACCAGCUACAUGUACCUGCUCAGGGAGACGGCGAGGCAGCUGGGGAAGAAGGAGAGCGAGAUGAACAUGAUCACGCUGCACCUGGGCGCCGGUGCAAGUAUGGCGUGCAUCAAGGAGGGCAAGUGCAUCGACACAACCAUGGGAGUAACCCCCCUGGAAGGCCUCGUGAUGGCCACUCGGUGCGGUGACAUCGACCCAGCCAUCCCCAAGAUCCUCUCAGACCUCCAAGGCCUCUCCCCUGCUCAAAUCGACUCUCUCCUCAACAAGGAGUCCGGCCUGGUGGGCAUCUGUGGAGACAAGGACAUGAAAGCAGUCGUAGACCGCACCGAGGUUGCUGAAGCUGCAUGCAUACCUGCAGGGGAUGACCUGGAAGGGGGCGGCCGGCACCGGCUUGCUCUGGAGGUGUUUGUUCAUCGCGUGAGGAAGUAUCUGGGAGCGUAUUUGGUCCAGCUGGGAGGGAAGGUGGACGCUAUUGUGUUCAGUGCAGGGAUUGGGGAGAGAUCGGCGCCAGUGCGGGCGCGGGUGUGUGCGGGAUUGGAGGCGUUUGGGAUUGAGGUGGAUAAGGCGCGGAAUGAGGAGGGGAACAAGGGAGCACGAGAGAUUUCUGUGGCAGGGGCGAAGAUAAAGGUGAUGGUCGUGCCGACUGAUGAGGAGCUGUGCAUUGCGCAGGAAACCCUGCGUGUGGUUGGGCGCCACGUGGAGCUCCGUGGUUGGGUGCGGACGGUGCGCUCUCAGAAGGCCUUCUCUUUCAUUGAGCUCAAUGACGGUUCCUCCCUUUCAGGCAUUCAGGUGGUGGCCACACCUGAGGUUGAAGGCUAUCAGGAGGUGGAGGGGGGUGGCAUCACCACAGGGGCAGCGGUGUCAGUGGAGGGAGAGGUGGUGGAGAGUCAGGGCAAGGGCCAGAAGAUUGAGAUCAAGGCUAAAAGACUCACGCUAGUGGGCGGCAGUGAUGGCAGCACGUACCCCCUGCAAAAGAAACGGCACUCCUUGGAGUAUCUUCGCACCAUAGCUCACCUGAGACCUCGCACCAACACCAUUGGCGCUGUGUCCCGGGUGCGCAGUGCCUUGGCACAGGCAUCGCACCGCUUCUUCCAGUCGCACGGAUUCGUGUGGGUGGCAUCGCCCAUCAUCACUGCCUCUGACUGUGAAGGGGCGGGCGACCAGUUCCGAGUCACCACGCUGAUACCAGGCACCCCUGAUGCAUCCACGCCAGUGAAGGCCAUCCCCACCAACAAGGACGGAUCCGUGGACUGGUCUCAGGAUUUCUUCAAGCGCCCGGCGUACCUCACAGUGUCGGGGCAGCUGAAUGCGGAGAUCUAUGCCUGCGCCCUGCACGAUGUGUACACGUUCGGUCCCACCUUCCGAGCAGAGAACUCCAACACCUCGCGCCACCUCGCCGAGUUCUGGAUGAUCGAGCCUGAGCUGGCAUUUGCUGACCUGGCAGAUGACAUGGCAUGCGCCACGGCAUACCUCAAGUACAUUCUCCAAGAAGCCAUGAGCGAGUGUGCGGAGGACUUCAGAUUCUUUGACAAGUUUGUCGAGCCGGGGAUCAUCCAACGGCUCACGUCGGUGGUGGAGAGUGAGUUUGAGCAUGUGCCCUACACAGAUGCCAUCAGCAUUCUCAAGAAGGCUAAGACCAAGUUUGACUACCCGGUGGAGUGGGGCAUUGACCUGCAGAGCGAGCACGAGAGGUACCUCACAGAGAAGGCCUUCAAGAACCGUCCCAUCAUUGUCACUGACUACCCCAAGGACAUCAAGGCAUUCUACAUGCGACUCAAUGACGAUGGCAAGACGGUUGCAGCCAUGGAUGUGCUCGUGCCGCGGGUGGGGGAGUUGAUAGGCGGCAGUCAGAGGGAGGAGCGGCUGGAGGUGCUGGAGGGGCGCAUGAGGGAUGUGGGGCUCGACCCGCAGGCCUACUGGUGGUACCUCGACCUCCGCCGAUACGGCUCAGUCCCCCAUGCGGGGUUCGGGCUGGGCUUUGAGCGGCUGGUGCAGUUUGCAACGGGCGUUGAGAACAUCCGCGAUGCCAUCCCCUUCCCUCGCGUGCCUGGAUCCGCUGACUUUUGA